AUUACGACGGCCGGCCCGUCCGGUUUCAGGAUUUGGUGUUGGCGUGGUCGGGACACAGCCGUUGUGAGCGCUCGCUGACGAGUUCGACUCGAUGUGGACCGAGGCUGGAGGCUGCAGGGGCCACGGACAACAAAAGUUCGGUUGAUGUCCACUGGUGGGGUAGACCUUCUCUGCGGCCCAGGGGGUAUAAAGACGGACACGAGGACCUUGCUUUGGCCCGCUGAUGCGAAGACCUUCAACGACUCGGCUUCCAACGCAGUCUAUCUCAAGCAGCCAACCACACAACACAAGCACAACCCCCUUUUGCGUCCAACUCUUCCAAGAUCUUUCUCCCUCUCCCAAGAUGGCCCACUCUCCCAAAAUCCUCGUCGUCCUCACCUCCCACGACAAGCUCGGCGACACGGGCAAGCCGACCGGCUGGUACCUUUCCGAGCUCGCCCACCCCUAUCAAAUCCUCACGGAGCACGGCUUCACGCUGACGCUGGCCUCGCCGGCGGGCGGCGCGGCGCCGCUGGACCCGGCCUCGGUCGACGCGGCCUCCUCGGACCCGGUGUCGACGGCGUUCCUGGCGCAGCACCGCGCGGCGCCGCCGUGGGAGCGCACGGCGCCGCUGGCGAGCUUCCUGGGCCGCGCCGACGACUUCGCCGCCCUCUUCUUCCCCGGCGGCCACGGCCCCAUGUUCGACCUCGCCGCCGACCCGGCCUGCCAGGCCCUCGUCGCCGAGUUCGCCGCCAAGGACAAGGUCGUCGCCGCCGUGUGCCACGGCCCGGCCGCGCUGCUCGGCGUCAAGAUUAGCAGCGGCGCCGCCGGCGGUGGUGCUGGCGAGGCGUACCUGCGCGGCAAGCGCGUGACGGGGUUCUCGAAUGCUGAGGAGGAGGAGAUCGGCCUGGGUGGCGUCGUGCCGUUCCUGUUGGAGGAUCGGCUGACUGAGGUGGUCGGGAAGGGCGGCAAGUAUGUGAAGGCGGCGGAGAAAUGGGCGGAGAAGGUGGUGGUGGAUGGGAAGUUGAUUACGGGCCAGAACCCGGCGAGCGCCAAGGGCGUGGCCGAGGCGAUUGUCGAGGCGGUUGCGGGGGCGUGAGCGAUGGAUUUGGCCGAGGGGCAAGUUGAGAGUUUGAGAGAUGCGGGGGUUGUGUGAUUCAGUUCUUGGAACCCAGUUGUGAUGUUUCCGUUUUCUGUGUCGAUGUGAUAGGCGCCGAACUCCAGCUUGCGGGCAUUGAGCUGUUAUGAACGGCGGAGUGGUACCAGAACAACAACCACCCAGCGCUGGAACGCCGGGCAUCGCUUUUCUAAGGGUGAGUUUGGUGCUCAGGGGCAGUGCGCUGUAUUCCGGGGUAGAAACCAGAAGACAGAAAAAUACAGAAAAGAAAAAAAAAUGAGGAGCAUUUCUUGAGGCUGGACUUCCAGUUAAUACGCUCUUGGAUUGUUACUUUUGCUUCGGCUUCUUCCUC